CUCCCCGCGACUCGGCCGCGCUCGGGUCGGCGGGCUCUAUGGGGAAAGCGGCCGCUCUGUGCCGAGGCGGCGGCUGUGGCGGCCGCGCCCGCGGACUCUCGUCGCUGUUCACGGUUGUCCCCUGCCUGUCCUGCCACACGGCGGCGCCGAGCAUGAGCGCUUCCACGCCUGGCCCCGGGCCGGAGCCCAAGCCCCAGCCCAAGCCUCAGCCCCAGCCAGUGCCGAAGCCCGAGCGGCAGCCGGUGUCGGAACAGGUGUCGGAGCCAGUUUCUGAGCCGGUGCCAAGACUGGAGCCUGUGUCUGAGAAGACGUCCGAGCCAAGGCCAGAGUCCAAACAGGGAACGGAAUUGCUGCUGGGUUUGGGGCUGGGGUCAGGGCCCUGGCCAGAGUUGGGCUCAAGUGUAGGGGCUGGGCCCUGCCCCAAGGCCUCAUCAGAGCAGCUGCCGGCCCUGGGGCCGGUCGUGGAGAGUGCGCUCUGGACCAAACCCGAGCCAGGGUCGCUGCCGGCGUCAAAGCCCCCGCCCCUGCUGCGACCCGGGCAGGUGAGGGCAUCUCUUGGGGUUCCAAUGUCAGGGACUGGGGCGACCUCCACGGCGCCUAAGGCCUUACUGCCUCUGGACAGCUUCAAGGGCUGGCUGCUCAAAUGGACUAACUACCUGAAAGGCUACCAGCGCCGUUGGUUCGUGCUCAGCAAUGGUCUGCUGUCUUACUACAGAAAUCAGGGUGAAAUGGCCCACACCUGCCGUGGCACCAUCAACCUGUCCACCGCGCACUUUGACACGGAGGACUCUUGCGGUAUCGUGCUAACCAGUGGGGCAAGGACCUACCACCUCAAGGCCAGCUCGGAGGUGGAGCGGCAGCAGUGGAUCACCGCCCUGGAGCUGGCCAAGGCCAAGGCUGUCCACAUGAUGAGCAGCCACUCAGAUGACUCUGGGGACGACGACGACGAGACUGCCUCUCCAGCUGACAAGAGCGAGCUACACUGCGCCAUCAAGAGCCUCUCCUUGAAGUUGGACGACCUCAGCACGUGCAAUGAUCUCAUCGCGAAGCACGGCGCCGCGCUCCAGCGCUCCCUGAGCGAGCUGGACGGCCUCAAAAUCCCCUAUGAGAGCAGCGAGAAGCUGAAGGCCGCGAAUGAGCGGGCCACCCUCUUUCGCAUCACCUCAAAUGCUAUGAUCAACGCCUGCAGAGACUUCUUGGAACUAGCAGAGAUACACAGCCGGAAAUGGCAGCGCGCCCUACAGUAUGAGCAAGAACAGCGCGUCCACCUGGAGGAGACCAUAGAGCAGCUAGCCAAGCAGCACAACAGCCUCGAACGGGCCUUCCGCAGCGCCCCCGGCCGGGCCGCCAACCCCACCAAGAGCUUCAGCGAAGGAAGCCUCCUAACUCCCAAAGGAGAGGACAGUGAGGAAGAUGAAGAUACCGAGUACUUCGACGCCAUGGAAGACUCUACAUCCUUCAUCACUGUGAUCACUGAGGCCAAGGAGGACAGAAAAGCAGAGGGUGGGACCACAGGCUCAGUGGACUGGACCUCAUCAGAUAAUGUGCUAGAUGGUGCCUCACUUGUGCCCAAGGGCCCCCCCAAAGUCAAGAGGCGUGUCCGCAUCCCUGACAAACCCAACUACAGCCUUAAUCUCUGGAGCAUCAUGAAGAACUGCAUCGGCCGGGAGCUCUCCAAGAUCCCCAUGCCGGUCAACUUUAACGAGCCCCUGUCCAUGCUCCAGCGGCUGACGGAGGACCUGGAGUACCACCACCUGCUGGACAAGGCAGUGCACUGCACCAGCUCGGUGGAGCAGAUGUGCCUGGUGGCCGCCUUCUCUGUGUCCUCCUACUCCACCACUGUGCACCGCAUCGCCAAGCCCUUCAACCCCAUGCUGGGGGAGACCUUUGAGCUGGACCGCCUCGAUGACAUGGGCCUGCGCUCCCUCUGCGAGCAGGUGAGCCACCACCCACCAUCAGCUGCACACUACGUGUUCUCCAAGCGUGGCUGGAGCCUGUGGCAGGAGAUCACCAUCUCCAGCAAGUUCCGGGGAAAAUACCUCUCCAUCAUGCCGCUAGGUGCCAUCCACUUAGAAUUCCAGGCCAGUGGGAAUCACUACGUGUGGAGGAAGAGCACCUCGACUGUACAUAACAUCAUUGUGGGCAAGCUCUGGAUCGAUCAGACAGGGGACAUCGAGAUUGUAAACCAUAAGACCCAGGACCGGUGCCAGCUGAAGUUCUUGCCCUACAGCUACUUCUCCAAAGAGGUAGCCCGGAAGGUGACAGGCGUGGUGAGUGACAGCCAGGGCAAAGCCCACUACGUGCUGUCAGGCUCGUGGGAUGAACAGAUGGAGUGCGCCAAGAUCGUGCAAAGCAGCCCCAGCAGCCCUGGCUCGGAUGGGAAGCAGAAGACAGUGUACCAGACGCUUCCAGCCAAGCUGUUGUGGAAGAAGUACCCGCUGCCGGAGAACGCCGAGAACAUGUACUACUUCUCUGAGCUGGCCCUGACCCUCAACGAGCACGAGGAGGGCGUGGCGCCCACGGACAGCCGCCUGCGGCCGGACCAGCGGCUGAUGGAGAAGGGGCACUGGGAUGAGGCCAACACGGAGAAGCAGCGGCUGGAGGAGAAGCAGCGGGUGUCGCGGCGCCGGCGGCUGGAGGCCUGCUCGCGGGGCUGUGGCACGGAGGAAGCAGAGAAGGAGGCCGAUGUGUACAUGCCGCUGUGGUUCGAGAAGAGGCUGGACCCACUGACGGGGGAGACGGCCUGCAUGUACAAGGGCGGCUACUGGGAGGCCAAGGAGAGGCAGGACUGGCACAUGUGCCCCAACAUCUUCUGAGCACCACCCCUACUGCAAAUACAGGCUCCUGCACAGCCUGGUCCACCUCUUCUUUAAUGCACUCAAUUUAGUACUCAGUGGCCCUAGUCCCCACACCUCCCCCCCACCUUUUUUUUUUUAACACUUUUUUGGGGCUCCCACUUGGAAGGAGUAAGUGCUGACCUGCAUUCUCUUCAGUUUCCAGGUACCCUGGGUCACCCGAGCCCCUUCAUUAUGGACUUGGGUCCCACUGGGACCCCAGCUCCCAGUUACCACAACUCAGGCAGGCUGGCCCGGGCCCUGGGCUGCCCCAGUCACCAGCCCCACCCAGGAAGGCACUGGCCCCUCCUGAGGAGCCACAUUUGACUUUUUUAGAAAAAACUAUCUCCAUUUCUUUCCAGCCAAGACGUUUAGUAAAUAUUUUUAGCACAGCACUUAGCAGACAACUUUCUAAGUGUGCUUUCUUGCCACAAACGUGUCCUGGCAAGAGCCCCUUCUUUUUAAGACAUCAGGAGGCCAGACCCAUUUGAGCAGGGAGCAUUUUGUCACUCAACAUAGCAGGGCCACAUCUGUAUCGGAGCUGCCCAGUCAGCGGGAGCCCAGGACUCCACAGAGAAGGGAACUGGAGGAGCCACCUGGCCCAGGAGAGCACAAGUCAGUUGUCUCUGGAGCUACAGCCACACCCACUGUGGGGGAGGGGGCGCCGAGCAGCCCCCAUGUAGAUUUGAGGGCACCAGCCCCUUGCCUUGCCUUGGCCAUGUUGAGGCUGCUCCCCAGCCCUAGAGAGGCCAGGAAGGGCUGGGGGGCAGGGCCUGCAGGUGCUCCCCACCCCAGAACCAGGCCCUAAAUCAGCAAUAAGAACAAAACACUUGGCUCAGCCUGGGCUGGUGCCCCCAGGCACCAAAGACCCAGUGUCCCGCCUCGGCCUCAGGCACCUUCAGGGUGCCCAUCUCCACACCCCCUGAACUCUUUUAUUUGCCUGAUUUAUAUAUAUAUGAUAUAUAAAUAUAUAAAAAUAGCUAUUUUGCUUAAAUUUCUAUGGUAUGUGAAAGUUAAAAAAUGAUGAAGACAGGGCACUCCUGUCUGAGUUUAGCCCUCCUGUCAGUUGUGCCCUGCCCUCUCCUCGGACCCCCUUCCAAAGGCUUCUGCCAAUGGUGGGGGUACUGGGCCACCGUGGCCACUGUCCCCACCCCACAAAACCUCCACUCCAACCCCUCCCGCUUAAGUUUGGUCCUGAAAAUUCAUCACAGGGUUUUUUUCUGUAUACUCCAGGACUGAUUUUGUUUUUAUAAAAAAACAAAAGUGAAAACACCAACGUAUGAAAUGCCUUAGGGUGCCCACUCAAGAGGCAGGGUGGUCUGGGUGGGGUGGGUGGCCCCACCAGGCCUGCAGCAGAGCUGUGCAAUGUACCUCUUCUCAACACUGUUUGUGAGGGAGCACCUUCUGACCGGUAAUAAAAACCUUGGAUUUGGAGUUUUCCAA